GGAUUCCUCGUUCCGGCCGUGCUUAUUUGGCGACAGAUAAGAGAGAGAGCGUGACAACUCGAGCAGGCGCACGGAGCCACGUUCAUGGUCUCGGGCGUCGUUUCGGGAGGCACCGCUCCGCCGCCGUUGCUGCUGCCGCCCUUCCCACGCUCCUCCUUCCCUCGUCCUCUCCCCUCAGCCGUCUCCAUGGCCGCCACCUCCGCUAAUCGCAGCGCCCGCGCUCAUUCCUCCUCCCCUUCGCCCAGAUCUAACCCUAGCGAUCCGCCUUCGUUGCUUGUUUUCUCAGGCGGCACUGCGUUCAACGGUGUUGUGGAAGAGCUGAAGCGGCUUACAACCAGAGUGGCUCAUGUUCUUCCUGUAUCUGACGACGGUGGGAGUACGGCCGAGAUUGUCCGCGUGCUCGGAGGACCAGCUGUUGGGGAUAUAAGGUCAAGAUGUUUGAGACUGUCUGAUGAAAGCACUGCUGAGGCACUUGCAGUUCGACGAUUACUUGGUCAUCGCUUGUCUCGUGAUGCAUCGGAAGCUAAGUUAGAAUGGUAUCAGAUUGUUGAAGGAGAACAUUUUCUAUGGAACGGUGUGUCACGACCUUAUGGGGAAACAAUUCGUUCGUUCCUAGCUUUUUUCCAAUAUCAGAUCCUCCAAAGGUCCAGUGAGUCAUUUUGCUUUAGUAAUGGAAGCAUUGGAAAUUUCUUCUUUGCUGGAGCGCGUAUAUUUUUUCAGUCAUUAGAUGCAGCUGUGUUUUUGUUUUCACGUGUCUCAGAUAUUCCAAAUGAAAGUCUGGUUCUUCCUGUGAUUUCUACCAAUGACAGAUUAACAUUGGGAUGUGAAUUAUGGGAUGGAAGUAUUAUACGUGGUCAAAACGAAAUUUCACACCCAACUAAUGGAUGCAUGGAACCUAUUAACAAGGAUUGUGCUUCAAUCUCAAAACUGCCUUCUGGAAUUAAACGAGUCUUCUACAUGUCAAGUGAAGGUUGCAAUUUGUUGCAUGAGGUUUUCCCUGCAGUUAAUCCUACUGUUCUGGAGCAGUUGGGGAAAGUAGAUUGCAUUGUUUAUGCUAUGGGCUCGCUUUUUACCUCUAUUUGCCCUUCAUUGGUUUUAAACGGGAUUGGUGAAAUUAUUGCCUCAAGAUCUAUUCCCAAGGUGCUUUUGUUGAAUGGUAAGCAUGAUAGGGAAACUACUGGCUUGUCAGCAUCUGGCUUUGUGACGGCAAUUACGGAUGCUCUAAAUCGAACAUAUGGAGAUCCUGGAAAAAGUUUAAAAAAUGGUCCAUUUGACUAUAUCAAUGCUCUCUUGGUUCCUCAAGAUGGUCAAAUCCCAAUAGAUCUUCAAUGUUUGGCUGCUCAAGAGAUCUUUCGGGUGGUCCAUGUGGAUUGUAUACAUGAUCCCAAGGUGGAAGCAGUAUUCGAGCCCAAAUCGCUGAUGAAAGCGCUUGGCGAUCUGAUAGUAGAAUACGAACAAACCGAUCUCAUCAUGGAGAACGACCAGGCAUGUUGAACUGGAUACUACAUAUGUUAAUCUUAUCGUAGUCACAAAAUUAAAUUAUUACCUUGUGUUUUUCAUAGUGGUUGAACCCCAGACUUACUAAAUUAUGAAUUUAUUUUCUUUUA